CCUCUCUCCCUCUCACAUACGGAAUCUCUGUCAAACGCUGGUCGCAAGAGAAUCCUCAGCACUCGCAACUACGCCACCUCUCGUCCGACUCGAAAACUAAUUGUUGAACCAAUCCAGAAAUGUCGUCAAAGAAGCCUACUCAGCGCUCCGCCAUUGCGGACGUGGUUGCCCGCGAGUACACCAUCCACAUGCACAAGAGACUGCAUGGUGUUUCCUUCAAGAAGAGGGCUCCCCGUGCCAUCAAGGAGAUCAAGGCUUUCGCCACCAAGGCCAUGGGUACCUCUGACGUCCGGAUCGACCCUUCCCUGAACAAGAAGGUUUGGGAGCAGGGUGUUAAGGGUGUCGCCUACAGAAUCCGAGUUCGUGUUUCCCGACGACGAAAUGAUGAGGAGGGUGCCAAGGAGAAGUUGUACAGCUACGUUCAGGCAGUCAAUGUCAAGAACCCCAAGGGCCUUGCGACCGAGGUCGUUGAGGAGUAAAGAAAACUUGUUUCUCUUUGGGAAUGGUUCUGGGGUGGCAUGGCAUUACGGAGUUGCAACCGGCUCUUCUAGCUUUUCACGCUUAAAAUAAAAGACGGCAAUGUGAUCAACAAAGGUUUUUUUUUUAUUCCACAACGAAACAUCUCGCCUCUGCAACAAUUGCCGCGGUAGAGAGUCCCUAAUUGUUACAAAAGGGAGAGUGACGGGAAGCAGCCUGGUUAGGCGGUGAUUUGUCUGUCAUGAUGAAUUUGACAGGUUCUAUUAUAACUUGUAACCGGUCAUGCGCUCGUGGAAGGGACGGACAGCCCCCCUUUCCCCAGCCAUAGUUGUGGAAAUGCAAAAUACACCCAAAUACCCUAUCAAACGAUUGAAGUGUGCCCCAAUGACUCCAGGUACCCAAUAACGUAAAAUCAUAAAGCCUGCACGCUAUGAAAAUGCUUACUCCUCCUCAAUGUCGCGGUGUCGCCCCAUAACCUUCUUUUUAAACUCUUCGGGGUCCUUGUCCCACAGCUCGGCGGCCUCGCCAUUUAAAGGAGAUGCACUGUUGGGUUCACCGAGCAAGCUUUGCAAGCUCAGCAG